CCGGCCUCUGAAGGUUCUGCUUCCGCCCAGGCGGCUCCUCGGUCCAUCUUCCCAAGGUCGAAGGUGCCCACCCGCGUUGGGGCCAUUCUCCGCUGCCGGCCUCGUGCUAGCCGCCGCCACUGCGAUUCGAGCCGCGCGGCUGGCCGUACUGCAAUGUAAUGGGGAGAGAGAGAGAGAGAGAGAGAGAGAGAGAGAGAGAGAGAGAGCCUACCGUCCUCGUGGAAGGGACAGCUGAGUAAUUGACGCAGGAGAUGCGGUGGACAGACCGUGAAGUAAAGUGGCGUGCUGCGAUGUCGAGGAGUGCAAACGAAGCGACCAGUAAGAGUUGAAAGGGUAAGUGUAACCCUACGAAUGGGAACCGUCUGGACGACUAGGAAACGACAAGUUGGCCGCUCCGUCGAACUGCAGCAUGGGGGGUUGAUCUUGUGACAGGUUUCUGUCGGUUAACAGGUGUAUCAUAGUCCGACAUUGACUGUUCAGAGGGAGGCUAGCUAAGCAGGUUGGCGGCUGGCAAAGCAGAUUGGCGGCUGGCAAAGCAGGUUGGCGGCUGGCAAAGCAGAUUGGCGGCUAAGCAGUUUGGCGGCGAAGUAGAGUGGAGGCACACAGGUGGCGGCGAAGCAGUUUGGCGGCGAAGUAGAGUGGAGGCACACAGGUAACUUGUCUGCGCCGUGGCAGGUUUUGGGGAGUGGAAGGAGUGGAGGAAGCAGGUUGGCGGCUGGCAAAGCAGAUUGGCGGCUGGAAAGAUUGGCGGCUAAGCAGUUUGGGGGCGAAGUAGAGUGGAGGCACACACAGGUAACUUGCCUGGUCCGGGGCAGGAAGGAGUGGAGGCAGGAUUUUAGGGUUCCGUCUUGAUCUGUUGUGAAAGUGGGGUGACGGCGGCAGAGAAACAUGGGGGACGUGAAGGAGGCCGUCAAGGCCCUUUAUGUGUUGUUUGAAGCAGCGUCUGGGUAUGCUGUGUUCGAGGCGGUGGGGCUGGAUGCGGUAGGCAUGACUGCAGAGGCCAUUCAAGAAUCGAUCUCGGAUCUGAAUAGGUUUGGAAGGGUUGUGAACAUGACGGCUUUUAAGCCGUUCAGCUCGGCGGCGGACGCUUUGGAGCAAAUGAAUGCCGUCUCGGAGGGCAUCAUGACAAGCGAACUGCAAGAGUUUCUGCAAAUGAAUCUCCCGAAAGUGAAGGCGGGGAAGACUCCACGGUUUGCUGUCGGAGUCGCGGAGCCGAAGCUGGGAUCGGCCAUCCAGGAGGCGACCAAUAUUCCUUGUCAGAGCAACGACCUCGUUCUCGAGAUUCUGAGGGGUGUUCGUCUGCAUUUUAGUCGAUUCGUGAAAGACCUGAAGGACGGCGACCUUGAGAAGGCGCAGCUCGGGCUCGGCCAUAGCUACAGCCGAUCGAAGGUGAAGUUCAAUGUGAAUAGAGUUGACAAUAUGAUCAUACAGAGCAUCUGUUUGCUGGACACGUUGGACAAAGACAUAAACACCUUUGUGAUGCGCGUGCGAGAAUGGUACUCGUGGCACUUCCCUGAGUUGGUGAGGGUCAUUCCCGAUAAUUACACCUACACGAGGGUAGCGCAGUUUGUCAAGGACAAGUCGACGUUGAAAGAGGAGGACAUCCCUCGAUUGGUGGAGAUCAUCGGGGACGAGGAGAAGGCUGCGGAGGUGUUGGAAGCGGCCAAGUCAUCCAUGGGUCAAGACAUCUCCCCCAUCGAUCUCAUUAACAUCGAGAGUUUCGCGCAAAGAGUUGUGGCGUUGGUCGACUACCGCAAAAAACUCCAUGCUUACCUCAUUAGCAAGAUGAGCGACGUCGCGCCCAAUCUUGCCGCGCUGAUCGGCGAGAUCGUCGGCGCACGUUUGAUCUCUCACGCCGGCAGUCUGACGAAUCUCGCAAAGUACCCGGCUUCCACGGUUCAGAUCCUUGGCGCCGAGAAGGCCCUCUUCAGGGCGCUGAAGACCAAAGGCAAAACACCCAAGUAUGGCAUUAUCUACCACUCCUCGUUCAUUGGCAAAGCGCAAGCCAAGAACAAGGGAAGGAUAUCGCGCUAUCUUGCGAACAAGUGCUCUAUCGCCUGUCGGAUUGACUGUUUUUCCGACGUGGCGACGAAUGCGUACGGAGAGAAACUGCGAGAGCAGGUGGAGGAGAGGCUAGACUUUUAUGACAAGGGAAUUGCGCCGAGGAAGAACAUUGACGUGAUGCACGAUGUGAUGAAGAGUCUUGCGGAGGGGGAGGAGGGAGAGGAAAAGGACGCGGUCAUGGCGGAAGCGAACGGGAAACGGGAGGAUGAGGAGGACAAGGGGGCGAAGAAGAAGAAGAAGAAGAAGGACAAAGCAGAGAACGACGUGGCGGAGGUGGAAAAGCAGGAAGAUGGGGAGGAGCAGGAGGGAGAGAAGAAGGCGAAGAAGAAGAAAAAGAAAAUGGAAGAGUCCGUGGACGGAGAGACUGUGGCGCCGCUGUUGAAGAAAGUAAAACUGGAUGACGACGCCGGAGAGCCGAAGAAGAAAAAGAAGAAGAAGGUCAAAGCCUCGUCCGAGGAUUGAAUAUUGUUUUUUUUUACGCUUUUCUUUUUGUCUCUUGCUAGGUUUAGGUUUUUGUGCUUGGGAGGUUGCCAACAUUUGCGUAAUUGCGAAUUUUUGUAGAGACGGAGUAGCAGAGGGGAGCAGUAGGUUUCGCCAGCUAGAGAGAGAGAGAGAGAGAGAGAGAGAGAGAGAAUGCCGUUGGGCUCUCUGUCUCUCUGUGUUCAAGUGUGUGUCACGCACAGAGCGAGAGAGAGAGAGAGAGAGAGAGAGAGAGAGAGAGAGAGAGAGAGAGAGAGAGAGAGAGAGAGAGAGAGAGAGAGAGAGAGGUCUGGAAGAGAGAAAGCGGUUUUCCUAGCGCGCAGGUAAUCAUUCUUCUCGACGGCCUCUUUUUCUUUGGCUUUGCCCAAAUUCUGUUUUGAGGAGAUUCUUCAGGUAUGGGAAGAGGUCUGUGGCGAGCGAUCGGUGUGUUUCCUCCUUUUUAGCUUUGCUCCGUAGCAAGUGAAAGGAAGAGAGUCUUACUGUUUUCCGUUGUGCAAGUGAAAUUCGUGAAG